GGUUAGAGGCCGUUUCGGUCCGGGAAACGCGGGCGGAUCCCCCGGGGCCAUGAGGAAGCCGGCCGCUGGCUUCCUAGUCUCGCUCCUGAAGGUGCUGCUCCUGCCUCUGGCACCUGCCCCAGCCCAGGAUUCAAUUUCGGCCUCCACUCCAGGCAGCCCUCUCUCUGCCACCGAAUAUGAACGCUUCUUCGCACUGCUGACCCCAACCUGGAAGGCAGAGACGACCUGCCGCCUCCGUGCCACCCACGGCUGCCGGAACCCCACCCUGGUCCAGCUGGACCAAUAUGAAAACCACGGCUUGGUGCCCGACGGUGAGGGUCCUACGGUGAGGGCCCACCUAGUGGGGCAGUCCUGUGCUCACUUGAGACAGAGGCGGGGUAUGGCUGGCAUCUUCCCUGAGCCCAUACUCACCGCUCUCCAGACCCAAGGAGCCCACUGCCUUCUGGGAAGGAGUUCCCCCUUGGGAGUUCACCUUCUCCACCCCUGCCCUUUCUCAGGCGCUGUCUGCUCUGACCUCCCCUAUGCCUCCUGGUUUGAGUCCUUCUGCCAGUUUACUCAGUAUCGUUGCUCCAACCAUGUCUACUAUGCCAAGAGAGUCCGAUGCUCCCAGCCAGUCUCAAUUCUCUCACCUGACAGUCUCAAGGGGAUUGACACUUCUCCUGAAAUCCCGCCCACCACAAUGACCUCCCCCAUGUCAUCCCACAUCACAGCCACAGAGCGCCCGGCCUUCCAGCCCUGGCCCGAGAGGCUUAACAACAAUGUGGAGGAGCUGCUACAAUCCUCCUUGUCCCUGGGAGGCCAGGAGCAGGGUCCUGACCGCAAGCAGGAGCAAAGGCAGGAGCACAAGCAGGAGCAAGGGCAGGAGUCCAAGCAGGAGGAAGGACAGGAGCAAGAAGAGCAAGAGGAGGAGCGGAAGGAGGAGAGAAAGCAGGAGGAAGGACAAGGGGCAGAGAAGGCACUGGAGGCCAUGCCUCGGCUGCAGACAGACUCAGAGCCCAAGUUCCAGUCUGAAUCUUUACCUUCCAGCCCUUUCUCCUUCACUCCUCGGGUGCGGGAAGUGGAGUCUACUCCUAUAAUGAUGGAGAACAUCCAGGAGCUCAUUCGAACAGCCCAGGAAAUGGAUGCAAUGAAUGAUAUAUAUGAGGAGGACUCCAUCUGGAAAAACCAAAGCCCUGGCGGCCUCCUGCAGCUGCCACACGUGGAGGCCUUGCUUGUGCUGUGCUACUCGAUUGUGGAGAACACCUGCAUCAUAACCCCCACGGCCAAGGCCUGGCAGCACAUGGAGGAAGAGACCCUUGGUUUCGGGAAGUCGGUCUGUGACAGCCUUGGCCGGCGACACUUAGCUACCUGUCCCCUCUGUGACUUCUGCUCCCUGAAGCUGGAGCAAUGCUUCUCAGAAGCCAACCUGCAGCGGCAGCGGUGUGACAACUCCCACAAAACACCCUUCAUCAGCCCCUUGCUCGCAUCCCAGAGCAUGUCCAUCGGUACCCAGGUAGGGACCGCAAAAUCAGGCCGCUUUCGUGGGCUGGCUUUGUACGGUGGGCUCGGCAUGGACUUCUGGUGUGCCCGGCUAGCCACAAAGGGCUGUGAAGAUAAUCGAGUCUCCGGCUGGCUCCAGACGGAGUUCCUUAGCUUCCAGGAUGGGGAUUUCCCCACCAAGAUUUGUGACACAGACUAUGUGCAGUACCCAAACUAUUGUGCCUUCAAAAGCCAUCAGUGUCUGAUGAGAAACCGGCAUCAGAAGGUGAGCCCCUCACCCCGCCCCUUCCUCCUCCACCAGCCCCUCAAUCAGUCACCACAGGCGGGUCUGUUCCAAGCCCGCCAGCCCCUAGCCCAGAGCUCUCUCCUCCACUCCUCUGGGCUUGGAGUAAGCAAGGCCCUCCCAGGCCGGAGGGGCCGGAGGGGUCAGGAAGGGAUGCUGCGGAUAAGAGGUGAGGGCUCUGAGGCACCACAGGAAGGCCCCUCCCCCCAAGCUGGGUCUGGAAUUGGCUAUUGAGGUCUCAGUCUGCUCAGCUCUUUCUCACCAAGUCUGGAACAAGUCACUUCCUCCUCCAGCCUCAGCCUCCUCACUGCUGAAAGGAGGGGGUUGGGCUACUUGGUGUCUCUUGCAGCUUUAAAAACCAGCAUCUGCCUUCCUUCUCCCCUCUACUGCCCUGUGCCGGUGCCCACCUGCCUCUGAUUCUUGUGGGACUUCUGACACCUCCCUGCCUCCACACCUCUGGCUCCUGGCUCUGUGACACAAGCUGUGUGUAUCCAAUCCCUGUCUAGGUGUCCCGCAUGCGCUGUCUGCAGAAUGAGACUUACAAUAUCUUGAGUCAGGCCAAGAGUGAGGACCUUGUGCUUCAAUGGAGCCAGGAGUUUAGCACCUUGACUCUAGGCCAAGCCGGAUGAGCUGGGGUCUGUCCUGUCCC